GUGCAGCAGGGUGGCAAGGCUGUAGCACACGGCAGAUCGUCGAGCUGGGAAGCUCACUGGCAUCUCUGAGAGUUGAGCAUGACCUCAUUUGCGCCCAUGUGGACGAAGCAUGAAAGAGAGAUUCAUUCGUCUAGCUGUAGGAAUCAUCAAAAGGCAUCGCAUCACCACCAAUACGCGUCAAUCUAUUCUCUCUACAUUGCCCAUUUGGCUUGACGUGACGAGGUGCAUUCCUUGGCCCCCGUUUAAACUUUUUGGCCGAGGAGGUGCUGCACGCAGAGGCGAGGCGGGGCGGUGGCCGUGGCUUUUCACUGUCGAGGUGCCCGAGUUUGGCCUCGAGCCACCCAGUCGUCGAUGCCAUCCGCGCCAUCAUCCAUAUCCCCUCUCCUCCUUGAUCCUCUGCCCCUAUCGCAUUCAUUCCUUUCCUCUCAUCACCGUUCCUACCCUCCUUGUCUCUGCACGUGUCUCUCCGCCCCCAUAUCCAUUCAUCGCAGCAGGCAGAUACCCCCCCUUCCCUCGCCCAGUGGCGAAAUCUCCGCUCAGCCGCCCCUCGAUUGCUGCGUUUCUGGUACCCUCGCAGUCAUACGCCAUUCAUCUUGGCCCACCUCCCUCAUCCUCUGCUCUCCUACCUCAUCGCACUGUCCUUGCCCCCCUGAUCUAAUCAGAUUAGCCCUUCUGCCCCAUUCCCGCUACCCUUUCCCCUCCAGAGGCAGUAGAGCACAGGACUAGACUAGCGUUGUUGCCCCUCCCUCUCUUUCUCUCCUCUGGCCCGUCUCCUCCCUCCCCGGCCCACUUUAAGGGAUCACGCGUUCCUCUUUAACAGCAGAACAGGCCUCUCCAACCUCUUCCAGACUUUCUUCU